AUGGCAGAGGAGCUCUGCUUCUUCACCAAGGUUAUCUCUCUUCCUCUCCUCGUGUCAUUCUCCUUUCUUCUCCCUCCCCUUUCCCCCUCUUUUGUACAUUUGAAAAAAAAAUGAUCCUUUGGAAUGCUUGAUGCCUUGCGAAGGGGAAGAAUCGCCCGCCACAGCUUACCCUUUGGUGCAUUGAAUGGAAAAUCAUCUUCUUACUCCACUUUAGAUUACAAAUACUGGUGCCUCUUGUGGUAAAUACGCCAGCUUUGCUGGCUCCAUUCCCCUCCUCGCUACCAUCUCACCUCAGAGAUUACAAGGCUCGACAAAAUUUCUGUGAAUUCAGACUCUACUGGCGGGAAUUCACGCGGGUCAAUCGCAGCUCCCAUUCUUCUCCCUGAAUUCUGUGGUAAUCAUUUCUUUCAGGAGGCAUUUGUCAUCAGACCCACGAAGAAGACUCCGAUCACCCUCAGAAUGAUCAUCUUGAUCUUCUCCAUGGUAUUCGGAGUUUACAUAUGCUCAGUCUCCCUAAGACAAUCGAGAUUCCGCAGCCAUACGAAUCUUAUUGAAGUGGUCGUAAGCAGGCACUGCCGUAGGCCAGUUGCCUCCAACUGGGAGGACCCUUUGAUACAUUAUCCUGUGCCCAGAACCUAUAACAGGUAACAAUCAACUCCCCCUCUCAGUUUUCCCUUCAUGGUGAAGAAAUUCGGGUAUUUAUCUGCCUCUGGGGUUCUGGACAGGAACGAGUGCGCCUGUAACCCAGUCCGGUUCUUUGCAAUUAUAUCAAUGCAGAGGUCAGGAAGUGGCUGGUUUGAGACGUUCUUGAACAGCCACAUCAAUGUCAGCUCCAACGGAGAGAUCUUCUCAGUGAAAGAAAGGCGGAGCAAUAUGACUGCUAUUGAGGCCACGCUUGAUAAAGUGUACAGCCUAGAUUGGAUGAGCAGUGCUGCCAAGAAUGAAUGCACAGCUGCUGUUGGAUUUAAGUGGAUGCUGAAUCAGGCAUGCAAGCACAAUCUAGUAGAUUUAAUGGUGCAGAAUCAUACAAUAUUUUUAUUUUUGCUUGUCAUCGCCCUUAUGAUGGUUAUCCUUUGAUACAUGAUCUCAUCGGCAUAGUUUUAUAUAUACUAGUCCUUUCCUCUCCCUGGGUUUUUUCUGAUUCUCAAUAAAUGGAGAAGGCAUAUGUGUCUGUCUAUAUAUGUGUGUGUGUGUGUGUGUGUGUGUGUGUGUGUGUGUGUGUGUGUGUGUGUGUGUGUAUGUACUGAUAUAUACGUAUUUAUUAAUGUUUCUCUUCCAAAUUCUCAAGUAUAAUUAACCACUCACCGUCGUCUUUGGAAAAAUUCCCCUUUUUAUUCCUCAAUCUAGUCAAUUUAUUGGUGCAAAAUCAUACUUUUUGGGCCAAUUUUUUUUAUCUUUAUGCUGAUUGUCCUUCGGUAUUCGCCCUCCUUGUCACACCUUCGUUUGAAUGUUUCUGGAAAUGGGGUGUUUUUUAUAGCUCUUUUCUCCGUUUGGAUUUUUCUUGGUUCUUUUUUUCACUGAUUUGGUUUUACAAAUAUAUUUAAAUGUUUUAUCUCGUAGGGUCUUAACUCUUAUUGAAAAAUCUUGGUCAUUUUUCUUGAGAACCCUCCAUUUAUGUUCUUUAAUCAAGGAUAUUUGAUGAUGAGAAGUCAUGUCUUUUUUUGGCUAUAUUCUCACCCUGAUGCUGGCUAUCCCAUUUAGUUUGACGGGAAUGGGGCAUAAUUCUGUAGCCUAUUUCUAUGUUCGGAUUUUUCAUGAAUUUCCAGUUUUACUGAUUCUAUAUAAAUUGAAAAGUCAAUGUACAUAGUAGAUUUGGUUUUCAAAAUUCAUUUUUUUAUAUAAUUUCAUCUGUAUGCUAGCUGCCCUUUCUGAUCAACAUGGUAUCAUAUUUGUUUUCAUGGAAAUGUUGCAUUUUCUUGAAGUUUUUUCUCUUUUCUUGGGCUUUUUCAUGAAUUUUACUUGACUGAUCCUGUAAAAUGAAUAGAAAAGUAUGGGGUGUUCAUUUUCCUUUGGUUUUUUGUUUUCAUUCUAUCACGCAACGCUCUAUGGCUUGGCUUUUCUAUCCUAGUUAGACUCAGAGCCUCGUUGAACAGCCGAUGGAGAACAUCUAGUACUUAAUUUCCUUAACGGGAAAAUGUUUUAUUAUUUUAUUUUAUUAAGUUAUAUACUAAUUUCCUCAUUGAGCUUUUAUGAUCGGAAUGAAUGGCAUUUGCUUCAAUGCUCUUGGGGAUCACAAGGUUGUAUUUACCUACGUUAAUUUAGUAUCUAAUCUUACCCAUUAACCUUGUGUUUUCUAUUUUGUGUGAUUUCUUUCGUUCCUUCUUAGAAUUUUAAUUUAUUGGGAUGAAAACUUCAUGAUCAACCCUGAAGACCAUCUGGAUUGGAAAUAAUAAUGCCUUUGAAAGAGUGAAUACUUGAGUUCUCUUAUCCUUGGAAUCAGAUGAAAAAAAAAAUCAUCCUAUGAUGCGUCUAAUUGUAGUAAAUAUUGGGCAGAAAUUAUUAUUUUUAAGAAGAAUUAUUGUGGGUUUAAUUGGAAAUAAAGUGUGGGUCCACUUCAAGUUCUUUCUGAUGGGUAGCAUUUGAUUGUUUUUCUAUUUUUAAUAGAAAAUUCAGAUUUCUUUUUCUUGGAAAGGCAGGGUAGAAUUCAGAUUUUAUAUUUUUGAAAUUCAACUUUUCUGUCUGAACAUAAAAAUAAUUUUUUUUAAUUCCAAAAUUUGGUAGGGCAGCAUUCAAGUCCCCUCUAAUGGGAAAUCUUGAAUGGAAUUCAAGUAUUUUCUUUUCUAAAAGUAGAAUUUAAACUGUCUUAAUCAGAAACACGCUGAAAAUUUCCAAAAAACGAAUUAAUGAGAAAAAUAGAGUAGAAUCGAUGCUCCUGUUUUUAUGUAAUAUUCUUCCUAAUUUGGAAGUCGUCUCACUGCAGGGCCCAAUGGAGCACCAUGAAGAAAUAACCAAGUACUUCAACAGGAGGGGCGUCUUUGUGAUCUUCCUCUUCCGGAGAAAUCUCCUCCGUCGGAUGGUCUCUGUGAUCGCCAACUCCCACGAUCGAUAUGCCAAGCUAUUGAAUGGGACCCACAAAUCCCAUGUCCACUCCGCCAAUGAGGUCAACUCACAUCUAAAUUCAGAGGCUAAAAUAUAAUUUUUCCCAUGAGAGUUGCUUUCCAGGGUGGAGGAAAAAUGGAAAUUUGAUUCAACGGUCCUGAUGAUCUUGCAGGCGGUGAUCCUUGCCAGCUACAGGCCGCUGAUCAACACCACCCUCUUGUUCGCCGACCUGAACAAGACGAAAGAUUUGAUCGACAAGGCCCUGGAGUUCUUCAAGAGCACCCGCCACAUCAUCCUCUACUAUGAGGAUCUUGUCAGCAAUCGGACAGUGAGUCUCCCCUGUUCUUCAUAGAUUUCCAAAAAUUUCGGCUGUCUGGGGUUGACUUUGACGGAUUUGUUAUCUUGGGCGUUGACCCACAGAAGCUGGUGGACGUCCAGGACUUCCUCGGCGUGCCCCACCGACAAUUGGUAAGCCGCCAGGUCAAGAUCCACACCAGGCCGCUGUCGGAUCACAUCAAGAACUGGGACGCCGUCAACAAUGCCAUCAAUGGCACCGAAUAUGAGAGCUUCCUCAAUGCCGACUACCAUCUGUAG